CCUCCGGAGUAUUGCGGUGAACGCGUGAGCUGACGACAUCUUGCCUAUAGAUGGACCUUUCUCGAGCAGGGAAUCGAGAGGGUGAUGACUGAUCUGAACAGUGGUAUUGAUAUGGCUUCUGUAAGGCUCCCUCAACUCUUUUUUUCUUUGGGCGGGACAGAUGUGUUCUUCUAUAAUAUACAUUCAGGCAACUAAUAUAGCUAACCUCGUUUCCAGUACAUGGGUGUUUACACGUUGGUCCUCCCCUUAUUUCACUCACUCUGGAUAGCCAACCAGAGAGACAGGGUACUAAUCACUAUCAACAGUGCCGUCCAUAACUUCUGUACUUCACAAAAGGCAUUCACUAGCCACAAUACGUCCGCCCAUAACACGCGAGGAGCACAUCUGCUAGGUGAAGAGCUUUACAACCUUCUUGGACACUAUCUCUCCCGUCAUCUUGGAGGUGUCUACGAAGCCUCCCUCAGCCACGCUGACGAACCCCUCCUUUCAUUUUACAUUAGAGAAUGGACUCGAUACACUACAGCUGCCAAAUAUAUUAACCAUCUUUUUAGAUAUCUAAACCGCCACUGGGUGAAACGAGAAGUCGACGAAGGCAAGAAGGACAUCUACGAUGUGUACACCCUACACCUCGUUAGGUGGAAGGAGGACUUCUUCAGACUCGUCCACGAAAAUGUCAUGAGCGCCGUGCUGGGCCUCAUCGAGAAGCAGCGUAACGGCGAGACCAUCGAGCAGUCCCAGAUAAAGCACAUUGUCAACUCAUUCGUCUCCCUUGGCCUGGACGAGAGCGAUACCUCCAAGUCGACCCUCGUUGUCUACCAGUACUACUUUGAGAAACCGUUCAUCGAGGCCACCAGAGUCUACUAUGACAGAGAGUCAAAGCGCUUCGUGGCCGAAAACAGCGUUGUCGAAUACAUGAAGAAGGCAGAGCUUCGCCUAGAGGAAGAACGUGCUCGCAUCGAUCUAUACCUCCACCCAGACGUUACCAAGAAUUUGACAGAGACCUGCUUGGAUGUUCUAGUUACCUCGCAUUGCAACCUUAUACGGGACGAGUUCCAACCCCUCCUAGAUGCUGAACGUCAGGAUGACCUUGCCAGAAUGUACCGAUUGCUGUCAAAAAUAAAGGAUGGCCUGGACCCACUAAGGAACAGAUUUGAGACCCACGUCCGGAAGGCUGGCCUGUCCGCAAUCGCAAAGGUAGCCUCCGCUGGGAGCGAAAGCGUUGACCCGAAAGUUUAUGUCGACUCUCUGCUCCAGGUACAUGGGAAGUACCGAUCCAUGGUAGAUGAAGCAUUUGCUGGUGAGACAGAGUUUGUUCGGUCUUUGGACAAUGCUUGCCGCGAAUUCGUCAACCGUAAUGCCCUCUGCACUACCAGCUCAACCAAAUCCCCUGAGCUGCUGGCGAGAUACACCGAUUCCCUUCUCAAGAAGGGCUCCAAGUCAUCCGAAGAGUCGGAGCUCGAGGAGCUUCUCGUCCAGAUAAUGACCGUCUUUAAAUACAUCGAAGACAAGGAUGUCUUCCAGAAGUUCUACUCUCGAAUGCUCGCCAAGCGACUCGUCCAUGUCAGCUCCGUCUCUGACGAUGCUGAAACUAGCAUGAUCAGCAAAUUGAAGGAAGCCUGUGGGUUCGAAUACACCAACAAACUCCAGCGAAUGUUCCAGGAUAUCCAGAUCUCAAAGGAUCUAAACACCAACUACCGCGAGUGGCAGGAGAGAACCUUUGACGAAGAAGACCGCAAGAAAAUGGUCGACCCUCACUUCCAGAUCCUCGGUACAGGCUUCUGGCCCCUUAACCCCCCUUCAACACAGUUUAUUCCUCCUCAGGUCAUCAACAAGACAGUCGAGCGCUUCAAGUCAUUCUACUUUGACAAGCACAGCGGUCGUAAGCUGACCUGGCUCUGGCAGCUGUGCAAGGGCGAAAUCAAAGCAAACUAUGUCAAGAACACUAAAGUCCCAUACACUUUCCAGGUAUCGACCUACCAAAUGGGCAUUCUUCUACUCUACAAUGACAGCGAUGUCUUUGAAUACUCCGAGAUCGAAAAGGCCACUGCCCUCUCCCCCGAUGUCCUAGACCCCAACCUCGGCAUCUUCGUCAAGGCAAAGGUUCUCAUUCCUUCUCCUGAGAACGGAAAACCUGGUCCAGGGACUUCCUACGCACUAAACUACCACUUUAAAGCAAAGAAGAUCAAGGUUAACUUGAACAUCCAAGUCAAGUCUGAGCAGAAGCACGAGGCAGAGGACACACAUAAGACCGUCGAGGAGGACAGAAAAUUGGUUCUCCAGGUAAGAAAUAGUAUCUACAAUCCCUUCGUUAUAUAUUCACUUUCUAACUUUUUUUUUCUAGUCUGCUAUUGUGCGUAUCAUGAAGUCCCGCAAGCGCAUGAAGCAUGUCCAGCUUGUACAGGAAGUCAUCCAGCAGGUCAGCGCUCGGUUCCCACCCAAAAUCUCUGACAUUAAGAAGAAUAUCGAAGGCUUGAUGGAGAAAGAAUACAUCGAGCGUCUGGAUGGCGAUGAAAUAUCGUACAUCGCGUAAUUCAACAACUGACCAAAUAACCAACCACAAACCACAAAAUUCGCCUUCAUGGCGCGCGCUCUCACGGUACAUGAUCCAAUGACUUAAAUAUCCUUCUUAUGCGCAACAUACUCUGGUCUACACUCCCUCUCAACCCCCCUCCUCUUCCCUCCUUGUAUCAUAUAUACAGGCGGUUUUCUGUUAUUGCUCUUUUGACAGCGCGUGGAAUAAUAAAAAAAGGGGGGUGGGCCGGAAGAGGGAGUGCAUCAAUAGACUGUUUUGUUACUGCGCAGCCACUACGAACGCAGACAUGUUUUACCCUCACUCUCUCUUGUCAGUUGCCCUUUGACUCCCCUUUAUCUUCCUUAUCUUCCUCUCCUUCCCCUUCUUCUUCUUCCUCUCAUUCCUACAACUGAUCUACCUAUAUUGUUGCACUUAGUGCGCAGCCUACCAUUUCACACUAGGUUACUUCUAAAUCAGUUAUGUGUGCUCUAGAGUACAAAAAAUAAACCAACCUCCCUUCUAUAAUUCUGAACCAACAUCUCGUAGCUGUAGGUAUUUGUUUGAAGAAAAGUGAAAGGUCUUUUAUUCAAGAAGGUAAUGCAUUAAACAACGCUAAUAUCAAACAAACUACCCAUCCAAUAUGUGCCUUGUCAGAAGCUAAGGAAGAAAUAUAUCCAAUUCAAAUCAACAAAUGUAUGUAUGAAUUCUUAUCCCGAGGAAGAGGUUGCAGGAGUCUUGCUUGCUUCACGAGAAGUCGAAGAUAGAGGGUCACUCUCCAACACGGCAUCUAUAUGGUCCUUCUCCGUUGACUGAUCGCUGCUGUGGGGCCUCGACGACCCCGGCCGAUCAACGUCUUCCUUGGCUUGCAUCUCCUUCAUCUCAGUCAUAACAGGGCCUUUCGUCGAGCUCUCCAUCGAUCGUCUCUCGUGAAAGGUACUCGUCAUCGACGCUCUGGGCGUUCCGGUGGCUGUCGGAGAUGAAACGGGACUUGCGC